AUGCACCUCCUUUUUCAACCCCCCUCCCAUCUCCCAGGCGUCAAGUUCAUCGACCCCUGCAUUCGCCAGUUCAGCGAUCUGCCUGCAUGGGUGGACAGGCACGAGGAGGAAUUGAGAAACAAAACCGUGCUUAUGUAUUGCACCGGAGGGGUUCGCUGUGAGUCAGCUACAGCCUACCUGCGAUCCAAGGGGCCCGGCUUCCAAGACGUGGUGCAGCUGUCAGGGGGCAUUGUGCGCUACCUUGAGGCCUUCCCAGAUGGGGGUUUCUUCCGAGGAAAGAACUUUGUCUUUGACCACCGCCUGGCAGUACCACCAGCAGCGCCGCAGCAAGCAACCAUAGGCACAUGCUGUGUGUGCACCAAACCUUUCGACGACUACAGCAGGAGGAACCGCUGUGCUGCAUGCCGCAUGCUGCUUCUCAUCUGCCCUGCUUGUGCUGAGAAUCAGGUAUGGGACUAA